AACCUGUUUUUUUAUUUUUCACUGAGUUUCCUCCUUGUCACUGUGAUUCGUAACUUGAAGAUGCAAAUGCCUACUCAUCUCCAAAUCAUGCCCCCCAUGAUAGGAGAGACCCUCGUGCUAUAUUUAGACCCCAGAAGCACUUGUGGCCAGACAGACUUAGCAGGCAACAUCAUUGGCCAGCUGCCGUGUCACUCACUGUAACAAGCGAGUAGAGGGGCUUUAAUAGUUUACAUUAGAGAGUGUGUCCUGUGCCAAAUUUAACCACCGGGGGAGGGUGGGGGGUCUUGAGGGAAGGCAGGCUGGACAUGGUUGCGAGUGUGUCCAGCAGGUUGCGUUUGUGUUGUGGUGGUCAGUGGAAGGACCCUCAGCGCCUGGAUCUUGAAGGCUGAAGACAGAGCCGGUGGGUUUGUCGGUGUGGAACAGAGGCAGAGCCCAGCAGAAGUUCACUUUUCCUGUCCAUUCAAGGGCAUUGCUGGGGGCCCAAAGAUCAGCUUUUGACUGAGGCCUGUCAGCGAAGCAGGCGGACUCAUGGACCCUCGAAGACAUGCAGGGCUUCGCCGUAGGGGAUGCAUAAGCUGACAAGAUCAUGUUGCUGUGACUUGGGCCAUGAAGGCCAGAAGCUGCAGAAUCAUGACUGGAACCUGCCUUCCUUCCUGUCCACACUUGCCAAAUAUAUACCCUCCUAAAGUAAAUAUAAUCCUGUCCACGAGGAAAAGGCCACUACCUGCUCAGUAGCAGAGUACCCCAGUUGUACACUCGGUUAGCAACGUGGCUCCUGAGAGACUCAAUUGGUGUGAACUUAAAGUUGUCCCAGACCUGAGCUCACACAGCCAUGGGGGACUGGAACCUGCUGGGAAAGCUUCUUGAAAAAGCCCAGGAGCACUCCACUGUGGUGGGGAAGGUGUGGCUCACCGUCCUGUUCAUCUUCCGCAUCUUGGUCCUGAGUGCUGCGACGGAGAAGGUAUGGGGCGACGAGCAGUCAGGCUUCACCUGCGACACAAAGCAGCCUGGUUGCGAGAACGUCUGCUAUGACAUCACUUUCCCCAUCUCCCACGUCCGCUUUUGGGUGCUCCAGAUCAUCUUUGUGUCCACGCCUACCUUGAUCUACCUGGGACACAUCCUCCAUCUGGUGCGGAUGGAGGAAAAGCAGAAAGAGAAGGAGAAGAACCAUACACAUCGGACAGAGAAGGAAGCCCUUAUUGUGGAUCCUAAACAUAAAAAGGCUUUGGUGAGGGACAGUAAGGGCAGAGUGCGCCUGCAGGGGGAGCUCUUGCGCACAUAUGUCUUUAAUGUGGUCUUUAAAACCCUGUUUGAAGUGGGCUUCAUUGUGGCUCAAUACCUUUUGUAUGGCUUUGAGCUGAAGCCUAUGUACACAUGCAACAGAUCACCAUGUCCCAAUGUGGUAAACUGCUACAUAUCCCGUCCCACAGAGAAAACCAUUUUCAUCAUCUUUAUGCUGGGAGUUGCCAGCCUAUCUCUGCUUCUAAACCUCAUAGAGGUCUACCACCUGGGCUUCACUAAGUGCCGGCAGGGCAUCACCUUCAGGAGACAACUAUCCUCUGAAGGUAUCCCCAGGGAGCCCAGUGAGACCUCUGUGCCUUUUGCGCCGAGUUACGACGACUACUUCCACGGGCACCAAGUUCAGUCGACCUACCCACCGGUACCCAGCUACAACCUUUCCCCUCUGGCGGACGGCACAGAAUCGUCCUUCCACCCAUACCACAGCAAAGCGGCCUACAAACAGAAUAAGGACAACUUGGCGGUGGAAAGGAGCAGCAGCAAGCCAGAGGAAUGUGACCUGAAAGGAAAGAAGGGAGCAGGAUCAGCCCCUGGGUCACCUACGCAGUCCAGGCCCAGCCGCAGUGCCAAACACAGCAACAACAAGACUAGAAUAGACGAUCUGAAGAUAUGAGGAGGUUUAUGUUUCUCUGAGGGGUCUUAAAUUGCUGCGAGGAGAUCGUAUGUUGUUUGAGAACAUUCAUACAUGCUGAACUGACCCCCCUCUUUAAGAUGGCACAGGUUUGACUCAUUUCAACUUAGAAGGAAGUGACAUGGAGAAGCUGCAGUUGUACUGUACAUGUGUAAAGACUGAUGUGGUUCAAUAAUCACGUUUAUAAUGAACUUGGACUUCUUCAAGGGGUCUCAAAGUUGGGUAUGUCUUUUUUCUUUUUAAAAACUUAAGUGGAUUUCACUUUUAAUGGUGUCUGCUACACACCAUACAUACAUUAUAUUUUCAGUCAAUGUUCAAUAGCUUUGGUUUGUUUUUUUAAUUGUUUUGUGUACAUUAUGGAUCUUUCCACUAUUCACUUUUGCCACUGAGAAUCUAACAAAAAGUACUGUUCUGCUCAGGUUUCACACUCGGCGUAUCUUCAUUUUCAGUGUGUGACGAAUGUGAAUUAACUCAAAAAUACAACUCUCAAC